CCCCAUCUUGUUCAUUCUUAGGCGUCGACAGCGACGGCGAGGACAGCGGCGGCGCAGCUGUACACGAGGCAAGGAGCUAGCGGCAAAAGCGACGCAGCUGUACAGGCAGUCCGGCACCAGCUUGCCUUCCUCCAUCUCCAGUCUCUACCGAGCGCCAGCGCCAGCGCAAGCUCGUCUCCUCCACGCUCCACCUGACAGUCCCCAGCGAUUCUCCACCGAUGCAAGCUUCGUCGGGGGAAGAUGGUACCAUUUAUUGCAAGUAUAGGACGGUGUAAAGAUGGACUUACACUUUAAUGCGGAUUAAGGGUGGUUUCUAGCUAAUUCUCUGUUCCGAUCUCUCAUGGUGGGCCCUUAUUUUGCAAAAUGGGAAUUUGAUAAAUAAUCAUCCACAAUCUUUCACUUUAUCUUCAGUGGUAAAAGUGCUGGUUGUCACAUGGCCAAGGACCGCAAGCGGUCCUACUCAAAGAACACUGAUGUCAUCAUCAUCGACACCAGCACUGAUGGGUGGAAGGCUGUCGAGCUUCUUCCCAGCGUAAUCGACGACAAAGAAACUUUGGGGAUUUGUAAACCUGUUGAUCCCACCAAGGUCAAGCGAAAGGCUGGACUGGUCUCAGCGAUACGACGAGACAUGGAGAACAAGGAGAUGGAGAAAGAAGUAAUCUCAUCGGUUUCAUAUAUUACAAGUAUAGGACGGUGUAGAGAUGGUCUUAAGACUUCCAGUGGUAAAGGUGUGGGUCAUCAUAUGGCCUCCAAGCACGCUGAUGUCACCGUCAUUGACACCAGCACUGAUGGGUGGAAGGCUGUCAAGCUUCUCCACGCAAUCGACAACAAGAAAACUUUGGGGAUUUGUAAACCUGUUGAUCCCACCAAGGUCAAGCGAAAGGCUGGACCAGUCUCAGCGAUACGACGAGACAUGGAGAACAAGGAGAAGAAGGAGAAAGAAGUAAUCUCAUCGGUGCCAUAUAUUACAAAUAUAGGACGGUGUAAAGAUGGCUUUAAGAUUUUCAGUGGUAAAGGUGUAGGUCGUCACAUGGCUUCCAAGCACGCCGAUAUCAUCAUCGACACCAGCACUGAUGGGUGGAAGACCGUCAAGCUUCCCCUCCAUGCAAUCGACGACAAGACAACUUCGGGGAUCUGUAAACCUGCUGUUGAUCCCACCAAGGUUAAACGAAAGGCUGGACCGGUCUCAUCAGGAAACAUUUAUGCUAGUAGUAGAGAUGGGAUGCAAGAGUUAGAUGCACCUAUUCAAUCUCUGAAAAGAUCUAGAUGCUCUAAGCCGAAACCAGAAAGCCAAAGUGCAUGACUUUUCCAUUAAAAUGCCACAAAUAUAGGCCAGAAGAAUGGGUUAGGGCACCUUCUCUAAAAGGUGACUUAAGAGGGAUUGAAGCUAAUAGUCACAUCAUGGUGACAUUGUCGUUGAUUUGAAAUUUGGAAACACAUCUUAUCAUGUACAUAUGUUGUUUUGAUUAAUGACUAUUGGAUAUUCAGACCGUUAAUAUGUUACUUCUAGAUUUGUAAGCACAUUAUGGUUGAAGAUGUCACCUUGCUAGGUCAUCUAAAUAUUGUUGCAGUAGGUGAGAAUUGAUUGAUUUAGUUCGUUUGACCUGUCAUAUACAGAAAGUCAGAUGGGUGGUUUGCACUAUUUCAGUUGGCACUGUUGGCAUUUGGCAAA